AUGGCUCCACCAAAGCGCCGCGCCUCUUCGCCGGCUCCGCCUUUAAGAAGAUCGAGACGCCUUCAAGAAACGCCUCAACCCCCGCCUCAGCAGUUAGGAAGAGGGCUAUCAAUCAUGUCCACUGACACAGAGACCCCGGAAAACUGGAAAACCUUGGCUGGCGCUGCUAAGGUAAGAACAGCGAGGUACAGGCCCGAGAAACGCCCUCAUGAAAACCUACUCCAACCUUCUCUCGAUGCCUUCGUCGACUGGUUACCAGAAGGCGGCCGGGAAUCCGUGGCGAGGGACAUCAAUGAUGCAAAAAUUGACGAAGAAUUACACGACGUGUUCAUGAAUCUCUUCACUGGUCUUGCAAUACCGAACAAGUCGAAAUUGUUGCAUCUUGCCUUGACGAGCCCCAACCCCGCGAUCAUCAGUUCAAGGAUUUAUGUCUUCAACGCGAUAACUAUCGGUGCAUCGCCACCGGCCAAAUGGACACCGGUCACUGGGACAAAACUGGUCGGCCAGAUGGCGUUUUGCAUGCGCCUACUAAUGGUGCACAUGUAA